GUCCGCGCCCAGGCCUCGCCCCACCCCACCCCAAGAGCUGCCCGGCUGCCCCCCUACCCUCCGCAGCAGACCCCUUUUUUUCUGGGUCAGUUCCCUCCGCAGGCCACGAAUCCAGCCGCGCCGUUGCUGUCCCAGACCCUGGGCCGGCACCCCGACAUCGGGGGCGCUUGCAGCCGGCGAUCGGAUCCAGAGAUUCUGAAACCCCCAAGCGUGGGACCCUGAUUUGGGAUCAGCACCCUGAGAUCCUGCCAUGGAACCUUAAGAUCUGGACCUUGAACCUCAAUAUCUGGGGCUGGAAUCCUGACAUCUGUCCCUGGGACCCCAAGAUUUGGAAACUGAACCCCAUGGUUUUGGAACAUGGAUCCCAAGAUUUGGAGCUGGGACCCCAAGAUUUGGCAUCUAAGCCCCCAAAUUUGGAGCUGAACUCUGACAUCUGGGAGCGAAUUCUCAAAUCUAUACCUGGGACCCCACUAUUUUAGGAACUAAACCCUGGGAUUUAGGCCUUCAAUUCCAAGAUCUAAACCAUGGAAUUCCGAGGGGGCUGAAGUCCUUGCUGCAGACCUGAGUGCUGAAAUCUGGGGCUAGAGACCUCCAAAUCUUGACUCAGCACCCUAGUAUCCGAAUAGGAUCCCAAUAUCGGAUUCCAGACUGGACUUGGGACUUGGACCCUAAACUUCCCCAUCUGGCUGGUCGGCAUCUCAAGCCUGGCACUGAGAGUGCCCAGUCCUAAACAACCGCUGGGGCCCAAUUUUAAUGGCAUGGGACCCCUAGCAUCAAGUUUGGAGACUCCAUAACCACGGAUUUGAGCUGAGACGCUUCGGUUUCUCCACAGAGGCCCUGGGGAGAGAGGCUUAGUCAGAUGCCCCCUUCCGAGUUCUGACCUCUCACCCCCUUGGAGCCUGAGGACUCUGCUCCCUGGGGUGGCUUCCAGCUCAGGCCACCCCUACCCGCGAUGGCCGUCCUCCCACUGCUCCUCUGCCUGCUACCGCUGGCCCCUGCCUCAUCUCCACCCCAGCCGGCCACAUCCAGCCCUUGUCCCCGCCGCUGCCGCUGCCAGACCCAGUCGCUGCCCCUAAGUGUGUUGUGCCCAGGGGCGGGCCUCCUGUUUGUGCCACCCUCACUGGAUCGCCGUGCGGCAGAGCUGCGCCUGGCAGACAACUUCAUCGCGGCCGUGCGUCGCCGUGACCUGGCCAACAUGACAGGCCUGCUGCAUCUGAGCCUGUCUAGAAACACCAUCCGCCACGUGGCGGCUGGUGCCUUCGCCGACCUGCGUGCCCUGCGUGCCCUGCACCUAGAUGGCAAUAGACUGACCUCGCUGGGCGAGGGUCAGCUGCGUGGCCUGGUCAACUUGCGCCACCUCAUCUUGAGCAACAACCAGUUGGCGGCCCUGGCAGCUGGCGCCCUGGACGACUGUGCCGAGACCCUGGAGGACCUUGACCUCUCUUAUAAUAACCUUGAGCAGCUGCCCUGGGAGGCUUUGGGUCGCCUGGGCAACGUGAACACGUUGGGCCUUGAUCACAACCUGCUGGCUUCAGUGCCUGCUGGAGCCUUUUCCCGCCUACACAAGCUGGCACGGCUGGACAUGACCUCCAAUCGCCUGACUACCAUCCCACCUGACCCGCUCUUCUCCCGUUUGCCACUGCUUGCCCGGCCCCGAGGCUCACCAGCCUCUGCCCUGGUGCUGGCCUUUGGGGGAAACCCCCUCCAUUGCAACUGCGAGCUGGUGUGGCUGCGACGCCUGGCUCGGGAGGAUGACCUUGAGGCGUGCGCCUCGCCUCCUGCUCUAGGGGGCCGCUACUUCUGGGCUGUGGGUGAGGAGGAGUUUGUGUGUGAGCCGCCAGUGGUGACCCACCGCUCGCCGCCCCUGGCAGUGCCUGCUGGUCGGCCAGCUGCCCUGCGAUGUCGGGCGGUAGGGGACCCGGAGCCACGAGUGCGUUGGGUGUCACCCCAGGGUCGACUGCUGGGCAACUCCAGCCGUGCUCGUGCCUUCCCUAAUGGGACUCUGGAGUUACUGGUCACUGAGCCGGGAGACGGUGGCAUCUUCACUUGCAUUGCAGCCAAUGCCGCUGGUGAGGCCACUGCUGCUGUUGAGCUGACCGUGGGCCCCCCUCCACCUCCUCAGCUAGCCAAUAGCACCAGCUGUGACCCCCCGCGGGACGGGGAUCCUGAUGCCCUCACCCCGCCCUCUGCUGCCUCAGCUUCCGCCAAAGUGGUGGACACCGUGGCCCCUACCGAACGUGGCGUCCAAGUGACUGAGCACGGGGCCACGGCUGCUCUUGUCCAGUGGCCAGACCAGAGGCCCGUCCCAGGCAUCCGCAUGUACCAGAUCCAAUACAACAGCUCGGCAGACGACAUCCUUGUCUACAGGAUGAUCCCGGCGGACAGUCGCUCGUUUCUGUUGACCGACCUGGCAUCAGGCCGCACCUAUGAUCUGUGUGUGCUUGCCGUCUAUGAGGACAGUGCCACCGGGUUGACCGCCACACGGCCAGUGGGCUGCGCUCGGUUCUCCACAGAGCCGGCACUACGACCGUGCGCUGCACCCCACGCACCCUUCCUGGGCGGCACCAUGAUUAUUGCACUGGGAGGCGUCAUUGUGGCGUCAGUUCUGGUCUUCAUCUUCGUGUUGCUUCUACGCUACAAGGUGCACGGUGGCCAGCCGCCCGGCAAGGCCAAGGCCGCAGCACCUGUCAGCAGUGUUUGCUCCCAGACCAACGGAGCCCUCGGCCCAGUGCCCAGUGCACCUGCCCCUGAGCCUGCUGCACCCAGGGCCCAUACUGUGGUCCAACUGGACUGUGAGCCCUGGGGGCCCAGCCACGAACCUGCGGGACCCUAGCCAGGGGCCCACCACUGUGGCUCCUCUGGCCCCGGGACAACAGGAUCCAGACACCUCUCGGGACCUGGCCUCAGACUCACCAAAUUCUUCACCGUUUUUAAAACUGAUGGGGAGGGUAUUGGGGGCACUGGGGCACAACAAGAAAGUCCUAUUUUUCUAA